AUGUCUUCCUCCUCGUACCAACCACCACGAAAGGCUCUUCUCUCGCCAACUCAAUUGGAAUGGUUCCAAUCAUCCGAAACACACAAGAGGAUCACCACCUAUAUUGAAACCCUGAACGAAGCGGUUGUGGGCGCGAAACUGUCAGAUCAAUGUGAAGAGUCGGAUGGGGUAAAGGCGGUGUUGAAUGCACUUUCAAGGGUGGAAGAGAUUGCCAGAGAUACGCCCGCUGUCGAGAACUCUGCAUCAAGAUUCGGAAAUCCGGCGUUUAGGACGUUCUACGACAAAGUUCAAAAGGCUUCCGAGAGUCUACACGCUGAGAUUCCGGGUCUACCAGCAGAGUCAAUACCGGAAAUUUCUGUCUACUUCAACGAAGCCUGGGGAAGUCGAUCGCGAAUUGACUAUGGUAGCGGAAUGGAGCUUAACUUCCUGUGUUGGAUAAUAUGCCUCGAACGCUUUGGUGUGGUCAAGGAAACUGACCACAAGGCGUUAGUAAUCAAAGUCUUUUGGAAAUAUAUCGGCGUGAUGCGUGUCUUACAGUCAACCUAUUGGCUCGAACCAGCGGGAUCUCAUGGCGUAUGGGGCUUGGACGACUACCAUUUUUUGCCAUUCUUAUGGGGAUCCGCACAGCUGAGAGGUCACAAGUACAUUCGACCAAAAGCCAUUCAUGACGCCGAAGUUGUCGAAGAAUACGCGAAGCAAUACAUCUACUUCGCUUGCAUCCAGUUCAUCAAUUCUAUCAAAACCGCCUCGCUACGUUGGCAUUCACCCAUGUUGGAUGAUAUCUCUGCGGUUAAAACAUGGGACAAAGUUAAUUCGGGAAUGAUCAAAAUGUACCGCGCAGAAGUACUCAACAAACUCCCCGUCAUGCAGCAUUUUCUCUUCGGAUCUAUCCUACCUUACGACGGCCCUCCACCUCUCGAGGCAGGAAGUGACCCUCACUCGUGUGAGGGACAUGCCCACUCACAUGUCGUUAGCGGUAAAAUCAUAACUGGGAAGCUUAUCAAUGGUGGAGAUUUAGGUGGAGAUUUAGGUGGAGCAGGUCAGCGGGAGGUGGGAUGGGGUGAUUGUUGUGGUAUACCUGUACCGUCCGUGUUUGGGGCAGCACAGGCCGAGAAGGAUAAGCUGAAAAAACCAGGGGAGAGGCUUUCAGGACCGGGCAUUAGACCAGUACCCUUUGACUGA